AUGGGGCUGCGACAGGCGACGUGGCGACUGGUUGCAGGCAACUUCAUCUCGUACGGGCUGUACUGCGGCCUGUCGCUGAUUCCGGAGCUGGAGGCAGAGUGGCUGCUGCUGCCGUCCAUCGUCAACACGUUCAGCGGCGGCAUGCUCAACCUCAUGGCCAUCGCCAACGUCUACAUCGUCGACGUCAGCAGUCCAGAGGAGAAGGAAAUCCGGCUAGGCGUGCUGGACGCGUCGCAGUACCUGUCGCUGAUGCUGGGUGCGGGGCUGGCAUCGCCGCUGUUUGGUGCCAUGUCGUACGCCGGCGUCUUCGGCGUCGCUGUGGGCUGCAUGGCCUUCUGCCUGCUGUACACGCUGCUCUACCUGCCGGAGUCCCGCCCGCGAGCGCCGCAGACGGAGAAGAGUGAAGGCUGUUGCGGUGGUGUGUUUGAGUUGGAUUUGGUGCGUGAGGCCUUGCAGUCGUGUCUCAGGAGGAGGCCUUACUAUGGACGCACCGUCAUCAUCAUCGUCGUCUUUGUCAUCGUGAGCAACAUCAUCAUACUGAUUGGUGAGGCAAAUGUCAUGUUCCUGUUUCUCAACCAAAAAUUCCAUUGGACCAUUCAGGAUGCACAGCUGUUCCAGUUCUACAAUAGCGGCGUGACAGCUAUAGGUACCCUGCUGGGGGUGAUGUUGUUCGUGCGAAUGCUGAAGUUGUCCGAUGGUUGUGUAGCACUCAUUACUUUUGGCUGCAAGAUCGCUGGCUACCUGGUGCAUGCCUGGUCCCCAGAGUCCUGGUACAUGUAUCUGGGUGGGGCUAUUGCAGCUCUUGGUGGAAUGGUGUGGGUGUUAGCCAGAACAAUGAUAGCCAGGAUGGUCCCCAAAGACGAAAUUGGAAAAGUGUUUGCCAUGUCAGUCACACUGGAGGCUGUGACACCUCUCAUAGCAACACCAGUUUAUACAGGAUUUUUCAGUGUCACUAUUGACACCUUUCCUGGAGCCUUCCAUGUGCUUUCAGCCUCAGUCAUGGUUGUGGAUCUGAUUCUCAUCCUGAUCGCAGCAUACCUUGGCCGUGGUGCUGCAAAGGAGGAAGCAGCAGCAAAGAUACAACGAAAAGAAAAAUCCUUGUCCCAAAGCUGAACGAGCGUACUGCCAUUUGGUUGAUUUACUCUCCUGCCUCUGUAACAUGUCAUGCACAUUGCCUACCUGCCACCUGCAAUAAGGCCUAUGACAAAUCGACACAUUUGAAACAAAAGAUUAUUGUGCAUGGACACAUGCAAAAUCAAAGACAGGCAUUUGUGCACAUACUUUUUUGUGGAAGCAAGUAACUAUAGGAUAAUGUAUAUUACUGAUAUUUAUUUUUUAUUUAUUUUUGUUGUG